UCUAUCCUUUAUACAUAACCUAAAAGAAGUGUAAUCUUGUCUGGAAGAAAGCUGAUGUUGGUUAUGUGAUGUACUAGAACAUAAAGAGUUUACAGUUUAAAAACCGUGUAAUACUUUCAAAGUGCUGAAAGUUGGAUCGUUACUUAAAUAUUUUACACUUACUGAAAAUGUUAUAUUUGGAAGAUUAUCUGGAAAUGAUUGAACAUCUUCCUCAGGAAUUAAGGGACAGAUUUACAGAAAUGCGAGAAAUGGAUUUAUCGGUGCAAAAUAAUAUGGACAGUUUGGAGAAACGAGUCAAAACCUUUUUCUCAAAUGCAAAGAAAAUGAAGCCACAAGACAAAGAAAAUGAGUAUGAACUCAUAAGGAAAGACUAUUAUAAAACUUUAGAAGAUGCAGAUGAGAAAGUUCAUUUAGCAAAUCAAAUGCAUGAUCUUGUAGAACGCUAUCUACGACGCCUAGAUCAAGAACUUCAUAAAUUCAAAAUGGAAUUGGAAGCAGACAAUAAAGGAAUAACUGAAGUCUUGGAGAAACGUUCUCUGGAAUUGGAUCAGCCACAGCAGAAUAGCAGCCAAAAGGAGAAUCGUUAUAAUUUUAGCUCAACAAGAAGUUCUCACCAUGAGAAGCGACGUGAUUCAAAUGCCUCAGCUGUUGGUACUGAGAAACGUCUCGCAAUAGAGAAACCUACAGUGACGGUACCUGAGCCGAGACCACUGCCGGCUAGUUCAGGAUCGGUGCCAGCUGCACCUUUACCCGCCGCACCAACGAAUGUUAGUUACAGUCUUGGCCAUAUUGGGGCUGGAGGCAAUGCUAUUGCUGCUGCAGCUUCUCAAGCCAUUGCAGCAACACAACAGAUGCAGCAAGGGCGUCGUACAGCAAGCCUGAAGGCUUCGUAUGAAGCUAUUAACACCGGGGUCCAUGCUCAUGAAUUCAGUAUUGGGAAAGAGCUGGCAGGUGCUGCUCAGACAGCCAUUGCAGCCAUUCAGGAAACUACCAAGAAACAGAAAAAGAAGUCUAGCUCGUCAUCAUCAUUAUCAACAACUUCUGUCAGCGUGUCUGCUGCUGCCACGUCGGUAGCUGCUUUACCACCUCCAAUUGCACCUUCUCCGCCUCCACAGCAAGAGCCCUCUGAUCCAGGAGCGGGCUCGGACGUUAACGUUGAUCCAAAUGCAGAGAAUCCUGACUGGACUUAUGAUCCCAAUGAACCUCGAUAUUGUAUCUGCAAUCAGGUGUCGUACGGUGAUAUGGUGGCAUGCGACAAUGAGGAUUGUCCAUUCGAGUGGUUUCAUUACAAUUGUGUGGAUAUCACAGCACCACCCAAGGGCAGGUGGUACUGUCCGCAGUGUACGGCUAACAUGAAACGAAGAGGUUCCAGAAAGAAUUAACGCAAAGUUUUAUGUUGGUCUCCCUUCAACAUGUUGAUGGCAAUUAUUCGUUAGACGGACAUUUUAGUUAUAAAAUAGAGAAUCAAUUACGAAGCGCUACUUU